AUGUCAAGGAUUGUGAAGUUAGAAGAAUCCGUGGUCAAUAAGAUAGCAGCUGGAGAGAUUAUUGUUCAACCAGCCAAUGCAUUGAAAGAAAUGUUGGAGAAUUCUAUCGAUGCCAAUUCUUCCAUGAUCGAUAUACUAGUUAAAGAUGGAGGAUUGAAAUUAUUACAAAUCACCGAUAAUGGUGAUGGUAUUAACAAAGAAGACCUUGGAUUGUUAUGUGAAAGAUUUGCCACCCUGAAGUUAUCGAAGUUUGAAGAUUUAGAGUCCAUAGCCACUUAUGGUUUCAGAGGUGAAGCUUUAGCUUCCAUCUCUCAUAUUGCAAGAUUGUCAGUGAUAACUAAGGCUAAGAAUAGUGGAACUCCAUUGGCUUACAAGGCAUAUUAUCUUAAUGGGAAACUAGCAGGUCCCAAUUUCAAGGGACAAAACGUUGACCCCAAACCGAUUGCUGGGAAGGAUGGUACUCAAAUCAUUGUUGAAGAUUUGUUUUAUAAUGUUCCUUCCAGGUUAAAGUCUAUACGAUCCAAGAACGAUGAGUAUUUGAAGAUUUUGGAUGUUGUCGGGAAGUACGCCGUUCAUACUGGAGGAGUAGGGCUCAGUCUCAAGAAACAUGGCGAAAGUCAGUUUGGAUUAAUCACCAGACCAAAUUUACCUUUGAAAGAGAGGAUACGAACAGUUUAUGGUUCUGAAUGUGCCAAAGAGCUAUUAGAUAUUGAUAUAGAUGGUCAUGAACAUCAUGACAGCUUGGGAUUGGUGAAUGUGAAGGGGGUAAUCACCAAUUGUAAUUUCAAUUAUCGUAAACGAAUGCAAUCGAUAUUCUUCAUAAAUCAUAGAUUGGUAAGUUGUGAGCCUUUGAAGAGAGCCAUUAAUUCUGUUUACCUGUUUUUCUUACCGAAAGGAUAUUCUUCAUUCGUAUACUUAAGCUUGGAAUUGAAUCCUCAAAUAUUGGAUGUGAAUGUUCAUCCUACUAAAAGAGAAGUUAGAUUCUUGAAUGAGGAAGAGAUAAUAGAGAUUAUUACAACAGAGAUUCAUUCGAACUUAUCAAAAGUGGAUGCUUCCAGGACUUUCAAAUCCCAAGCUUUGACAGGUUUCAAGAGAGAUAGAGAAGACUCUCAACUGUCUGAAGGUUCACAGAAGAAAUAUAGGCAGGAGAACAAGUUGGUUAGAAUUGACGCCAGUCAGCCAAAGUUGAGUGAGUUGCUUUCGAAUGGACGGAGACCACGAAGGGGAUACACGGAUCUAAGGGAAGUUUUAUCCGGAGAAAGUCAGGGCCCAGAGGUAGAAGAAGUUGAGAUGGAAGAGACCGAGAUGAAUGAAGUGGAGAAUGUGGAAUCGACCAAGAUAACGCAAGAAGAGGUGCCAGAGGAACAAGAAGAACUGGUAGAAGAAAAUUAUGAAUCCGAAGAAAAUGAACCUGAAGAACAUGAACCUGAAGAACAUGAAUCUGAAGAACAUGAACCUGAAGAACAGGCACAAGAAGCAUAUGAAUACAAUCCGGAAGAAUAUGAACCAGAGGAAACAAAAGAACAUGACACGGUAGAUGAUAUACAGGAAGGUGUAAUACACACAGAUGAGGUACUUGAAGAAGAGCCAGCCAUUUGGGUUUCCCCUGAGACCAUGUACAAUGAACAAGAAGAGGAUAAUACUAAAGAAGCAGUUACUCAAACUGAAACUCUGAGUCCUCAAUUGUUCGUGGAAGAAGACUCAGAUCAUUCACAAUCUGAGACUGGAGAUCAAACCUAUGAGACGACCAUCGUUGAUCCACCUUCGUCCAUAUCCAAAUUGAAACAAUUUGAACAACCACAAAUUUCAACAUCUUCAGUCAAUGACACUGUAGAAAUUGAACUUGAAGAAACUCAACUUGAAAUCGAAUUCGAUGACGAAAUAAGAACGAACAACAAGAAAAGGAUCAAGGUGGGGUUAGACAGUAUAGCUGAUCUCAAGAAAGAAGUAGAAGAAGCAUAUAGUGAAGAUUUGGGUGCUAUACUAAAGAGUUUCUCUUUCGUUGGGGUUGCAGAUGAAACCAAAAGAUUAUGUUGCAUACAACACGAUGUUAAUCUUUAUCUUUGUGAUUAUGGUGCCAUAUUGUAUGAAUUUUAUUAUCAGGCGGCCCUAGAAGAGUUUUGUAAUUAUGGAGAAUUUGAGUUGACCAAACCCUUAAAGUUACAGGACAUCUUGGCCCCGUUAUAUGAACAGCGUCAAGGAUUAAAAGACCAGAAUGAAAUCAUAGAAACAAUAGUUAAGAUGAAAGAAAUGUUUGAAGAGUAUUUCCUGAUCAAAAUAGUCCAACAAGACAAUUCCUAUUAUUUAGUAUCAUUGCCAAUGAUAAUCAAAACUUUGAGUCCCAGCUUGACAAAAUUACCUUACUUUAUCUAUAGACUAGGUAAUUCCAUUGAUUAUGAGAAUGAAAGGAAGUGCCUUCAAGGUAUAAUGCAAGAAAUAUCGUUGUUGUAUGUUCCGGAGAAGGAAGAGGAAAAUGAAGAGAUCCGAGAAGCUAUUAGUAAAAAGCUCGAGGAUGAGAUAUUUCCUCUUUUGAAAGGCUUCAAACCUCCAAAAUCACUUUCAGGAGAUAUCAACCAAAUAGCCAACUUACCGGGAUUGUAUAAGAUCUUUGAGAGAUGUUAA